UUGUGUUGGGAAGUGACUGCGGGGCGUCCUGGGCACUCGGGUCCUGCUCAGUUUGCUGUCAGUGCCGGGGGGGUGGGAUCCGCAGAGUCUGAAUCAUGAACAUCAUCAUCGCAGCCGACUGGGAGGGGUGCAGAAAUUGUGCAAGAUACGGUUAAAGAGCACCUCCGUCCUUCCAGCAGAUGGAAAGGCUGGGGAAUCCCUAAGACUCUCGGCAGGAUGCAGGGGGGAGACGCGCAUGUUCCCCUCCGGCGCUGCGCUGCGGUGUGACCAGCCUGGAACAAGACUACGGAGUAUCAACGGAUGAUAAACCCAUUUAUUGUCUAGCCCGAGUCGCAGUAGUUGUCAGUGAAGGUUGAUCGCUGUUUUAUUAAAAGACUGAAAUAUGGGGAACGCGGGGAGCAUGGAUUCUCAACAAACUGAUUUCAGGGCUGCGCAUAUGCCCCUGAAACUGCCGAUGCCGGAGCAAUGUGAACUGGAAGAGCGUUUUAACGUCGUUUUGAACUCAAUGAACCUCCCACCAGACAAAGCGAGACUGCUACGUCAGUAUGACAACGAGAAGAAAUGGGAGCUCAUCUGCGAUCAGGAAAGGUUUCAAGCAAAGAACCCCCCCCACACAUACCUGCAGAAGCUGAAAGGUUAUCUGGACCCUGCCGUCACGAGGAAGAAGUUUCGUCGUCGAGUGCAGGAGUCAACCCAAGUGCUCAGAGAACUGGAAAUAUCGCUGAGGACCAAUCACAUCGGGUGGGUAAGAGAGUUUUUAAAUGAAGAAAACAGAGGCCUCGACGUCCUGGUGGAUUAUCUCUCCUUCGCGCAGUGCGCUGUCACAUUUGACUCUGAGUGUCUGGAAAACAGCACAGAGCCUGUGGCCGACAAGUCCAAACGCUGGAGCCGGUCCAUAGAGGAUCUGAACGCGGGACCCAUCCAUCCACUGCGGCCUGGACGACACUCCACCCUAAGGUGCAGUACGUUGCCCAGCCGGAGGACGCUGAAGAACUCCAGAAUAGUGUGUAGGAAGGAUGACGUCCACGUUUGUAUCAUGUGCUUGAGAGCUAUCAUGAACUACCAGUAUGGCUUCAACAUGGUCAUGUCCCAUCCACGCGCCGUCAAUGAAAUUGCACUAACCCUCAACAAUAAAAAUCCCAGAACCAAGGCUCUGGUUCUGGAGCUGCUCGCAGCCGUGUGCCUGGUCAGGGGCGGCCAUGAGAUCAUUCUGGCGGCCUUCGACAACUUCAAGGAGGUCUGUGCAGAGACGCAGAGGUUCGAGAAGCUAAUGGAGCAUUUCAAGAACGAGGACAGCAACAUCGAUUUUAUGGUGGCCUGCAUGCAGUUUAUCAACAUCGUGGUUCAUUCAGUAGAAGACAUGAAUUUUAGGGUGCACCUGCAGUACGACUUCACAAAGCUCCUUUUGGACGAGUACCUAGACAAACUCAAGAACACGGAGAGCGAUAAGCUGCAAGUGCAGAUCCAGGCCUACCUGGACAACGUGUUCGACGUGGGCGCCCUCCUGGAAGAUGCCGAGACCAAGAACGCCGCCUUGGAGCGUGUGGAGGAGCUGGAGGAGAGUGUGUCCCACAUGACAGAGAAGCUGCAAGACAUGGAAAAUGAAGCCAUGGCAAAGAUGGUGGAGCUUGAGAAACAGCUGAUGCAGAGGAACAAGGAUCUGGAGGCUAUACGGGAAGUGUGCAAAGAUGCCAGCAUCCAGGUGCAUACGCUACGCCGGAUCGUGAAGGAGAAGGACGAGACCAUCCAGAGGCAGUGCAACCUGGAGAAGAAGAUCCACGAGCUGGAGAAACAAGGGACCCUCAAGAUCCAGAGGAAGGGGAACAGUGACAUCAGCAUCAUGCCUUUCUCUGAACAGGGAAGCACCCUAUUGGCAGACACACCAGCAAUAGGUCCACAGGGUGGCGCCAUCCCAGAGGCAAUGUCACUACCCCCACCGGCUCCCCCCCUCCCUCCAGAAACUGGAACUGUGCCAAACGGGCCGACGGCCACUUCUGCUCCACCGCCCACCCCUCCUCCGCCCCCGCCUCCUCCACCGCCCCCACCUCCUCCUCCACCACCCUUGCCUCCUCCUCUGGGCCUCACUGUGGACGUGUCGGCACCCCUACCCCCUCCGCCACCCCCUGGUGCCCCUCCUCUUCCUGGCUGUGGCUCUCCCACGGUCAUCUUCAACUCAGGACUCUCAGCAGUGAAAAUAAAGAAACCGAUAAAGACUAAGUUCCGCAUGCCGGUCUUCAACUGGGAGGCACUGAAGCCCAACCAGAUCAAUGGGACUGUCUUCAAUGAGAUUGACGACGAAAGGAUCCUGGAGGACCUGAAUGUGGACGAGUUUGAGGAGAUGUUCAAGACCAAGGCCCAAGGCCCGGCCGUCGACUUGACAACAAGUAAACAGUGGACAAGUCAGAAAGCAUCCAACAAAGUGACACUGCUCGACUCCAACAGGGCGAAAAACCUGGCCAUCACACUGAGGAAGGUGGGAAAGGCUCCGGAAGAAAUCUGCAAGGCCAUCCAGACGUUUGACUUGCACACCCUGCCCGUGGACUUUGUGGAGUGCCUGAUGCGCUUCUUGCCCACGGAGAAGGAGGUGAAGGUGCUGCGGCAGUACGAGCGAGACCGCAAGCCGCUGGAGAGCCUGGCGUACGAGGACCGCUUCAUGAUGCUCUUCAGCAAGAUCGAGCGCCUCAUGCAGAAGAUGACCAUCAUGGCAUUCAUGGGAAACGUCUGUGAGAGCGUGCAGAUGCUCACGCCGCAACUACAUGCCAUCAUCGCGGCUUCGGUGUCCAUAAAGUCAUCACAGAAGUUAAAGAAAAUUCUAGAGAUCAUCCUGGCUCUUGGGAACUACAUGAACAGCAGCAAAAGGGGAGCCGUCUAUGGGUUUAAACUACAGAGCUUAGACCUGCUCUUGGAGACUAAGUCGACUGACCGGAAAACUACGCUGCUGCACUACAUAGCCAAUGUAGUGAAUGAGAAGUACGAGUCGGUGUGUUUCUUCUACAAUGAGCUGCACUAUGUGGAGAAGGCGGCUGCAGUGUCUCUGGAAAACGUGCUGUUGGACGUGAAGGAGCUGCAGAGGGGCAUGGACCUGAGCAGGCGGGAGUACAGCAUGCACGGCCACAACACGCUGCUCAAGGACUUCAUCGCGCCGAACGAGGGCAAGCUGAAGAAGCUGCAGGACGAUGCCAAGGUUGCGCAGGAUGCCUUUGAUGAGGUGGUUAAGUUCUUCGGGGAGACUUCCAAAACGACGCCCCCUUCGGUAUUCUUCCCAGUGUUUGUGCGUUUCGUCAAGGCCUAUAGGCAAGCCGAGGAGGAGAACGAUCAGAGGAAAAGACAGGAGCAGAUGCUGAUGGAGAGGCUGCUUGAGCAGGAGGCCAUGAUGAACCAGGAGAACCAGAAGUCUCCCUCCCACAAGAACAAGCGCCAACAGCAGGAGCUGAUCGCCGAACUGAAGAAGAAGCAGGUGAAAGACAGCCGGCACGUCUACGAGGGCAAGGAUGGCGCCAUUGAGGACAUCAUCACAGCUCUCAAGAAGAAUAAUAUAACUAAAUUUCCCAAUGUCCAUUCGAGGGUAAGGAACUCGUCCAGUAGCACCCCAGUGGUGCUGGAUGUGACCCAGAUCUGAUCUUCGAAAUCAGCCGUACAGACGUGCCAACGCGAUGAGGAGGAGUGUACGGAGACUCUUUGAUCAGACCAAUGUCGCGGAGAUGGACACAUGAUUGGAUGGUUUUUUGUUGAAGACGCCCGAGCGCGCUUGCUUCCGGACUGGCGGAAGGAAAGUUUUUUUUUUUUUUUUUGGGGAACCUUACUUGAGCCAAGUGCCUAAACUCAGUUCUGAUCAUUUUGUUUACCUUAAGGAGAAGGACCUGAGCUACUCCUUUAAUUGCUCAAACGUGGCUUGGAAACCUGAGGAAAUGGUUGAAGGUAUUUCACUGAAGCUGUUUACUAUGGAGCUACAUAGUAUUAGACCACGUUCUGAUCCUACUGCCUAUUUUUUUUUCCAAACAUACUUUGGCUGCACUUAAUUUUUUAAAACAAAACUCAACUGUGUAAUAUGUACUUUGCGACGAGCAAUGUAGAUAUGACUGAAACAUGAUAUGUACUGUUGUGAACUGGCAUUUUCAAGCACAAAUAUAAGUCUUACUACAGGAAGUUGGGGAUGCGAGAUGCCUAGGGGGUUAGGCAAAGCUAGCAUUCCUCGCUGCCCCAGCCCUGAUAACUGGUUAGCAUCUCAUUCAUCGGACCAAGGCGAUAAAGUCCAACUUGACUGAAAUUUAACUGGACUGAGGAAUCAGUUUGCUCCCCUCACAUCCAGUAGGAGGAUUAGGGUUUUUGUUGGAAGGGAGGGAAUCUUGCAUUCACCAAAGUUUGGGCUUUGACAGCAAUAUGUAGAUCCUACUGGGAGAUCAUCAAAGCUAGGUAUCAAAUCUGUUUAUGCUCAAAACAUGGUCUUAUUUAUACUCUGCAUCUGCUUCUAGUCACUUUUGGUCCAGUUUUUAAUGUGGUUGAUCAUACAGGUUCAAGAAAAGGAAGAAAAAAAAAAACAUUUUCUACAUUUACAGAUAUUUUGCUAGAAAAAUCAUAGCUGCACAUAAGUGUAAGCUUGUUCUUGUACAUAUUGUUUAAAGAAAUUUGGACACAUUUCUGUGCCAAACGAUUGAAUUAUUUUAACUUAUAGAUGUUAUUUUUUCAGUUUGCAUAAUUUAAUGAACCAGCGAAGGACACAGUCGUGUUCUGUGCUCGUGUGCUGAGCAGCAUCCCUACUUCCAGUGACCCAAUCAGAAAGUGGCAUUAAACACUCUGUGAUUUUUCUAGAGUAACAACCCAUGAAAAUGUUCUUCAUAUCCCAUGCACACAUACCCUGUGUUCUCCUUACAGGUUACAUUGUAUCCAUCUCAUCCUGAGUGGACAAUCAUUAGCAUGUUUUUCAGCAAAAAUUAUUUUAGGCAAUCCCUGCUUAUUUGUAUGUCCUUUUAAAUACAAAUUUCCAACUAGAUCUGAUUUUUCCGUGGUUCAGAUUAAAUAAACAAUUUACAUUUUA